AUGUUUAGGUUAGUAAAAUGGGUGCGGACCUAUAAAGUCUCGAGAGAGAUGAUGGAAUCGAUAGAGUCAAUAAGGAAAGAAGCAAUCAAAUGCUAUCAGAAUGCAAACUAUUCAGAAUCAAUUAAACUAAUAAAUAAAAUUAUACAAUCAGAUAGAAAUGAUUUAACUGCAAUAUCGAAUAGAGCAACAUGUCAUUAUAAACUUGAGUUAUAUCAACAUUGUAUAAAAGACUGUGAUACUGUGCUGGCAAGUCAGCCGAACAAUCGACUGAUGAUAAUGCGUCGAUCCAUGGCAAUGUCCAAUGUGAAAUCACUUGCUGAAGGUGCACCGCUUCUCAUUGAGAAUGCCAUAGAGAUGUGGGGAGACUUUGAAAUUACCGACCUUCUCAUGAUGAACCAUCAUAAAUCCUGUAGUGUCAGUCCAACUCUUACAAGCCGGCAUCAACAACAGCAACUGGAAGAAUCUAUAAAUUUCUUUGCUGCCUCUAGUCAACCUCCAACUACACCAACUGCUACUGCAGCACCUCCAACACCCGAAUCUUCAUCUUUCAACAGCAACAACAACAACAAUAAUAAUCUAUCUAGUUCAAUUGGCGGUGGAAGUGGAGGUGGUGGCUACUCAGAAUUGAGAAAGUCUACAUCGGCCGAGGAGUUGAAUGAUUUGUUGGAGCAGCUUUCGACUGAGAAUUUCGCUUCGGAAAUAUCAAAGGGAAAUUAUAUGGUGAAUUCCGGACUCUAUGAAGAAGCGAUUCAGUUGUUCACGCUGAUUAUCAAUUCCAAUCCGUUGAUACCGUCGGCCUAUCUCGGAAGAGGAACAUCUAACGCUAUCACUGGCAAUCUAGAUGAUGCUAUCUACGACUUCUCCAAGGUGAUAGAACUCGACAAUACGAUGGGCGAUGCAUACAAGCGUCGUGGACAAUCUCGUGUUGCUAAAGGCAUGGAUUUCGAGGCGCUCGAGGAUUUCAAUCAGGCCGCUAUCUUUGACCGUGACAACGACUCGGAUAUCUACUAUCAACGUGGAUUGCUACACUACCAGAUGCGUAACUACGAGCGUGCACUUAAGGAUUUCAGAAAGGUUGUAGAGUUUGACCGUCGCAAUAAACUCGCUUGGAAUCGUGUCGGUCUUUGCUUGAAUAUCAGAGGAUUUCCACGUGAAGCAUUCGAUGCUUUUGACAGGGCAAUCGAGCUUGACUCUCAGUUUGAAGCAGCGUUUACCAAUGUCGGACAAUGUUGGAAAGAGAUUGGUGAUUACGAUCGAUCCUACGAUGCAUUCACACAGGCACUUAGCAUCGCACCCAACUAUUCGAAUGCACUUCAUCUUCGUGGUAUACUUUUCUUCAAUUCCGGAAAGCAUUUACAAGCCAUUCAAGAUUGGACUGAUUUCCUUGAUCAAGAUUCAACCAUUGCUGACCUCAGACAACUAAGAGCUAUAUCGAAUUGUUCAAUAGGAAAAUAUAGAGAUUCAAUAGUUGAUUUCAAUUAUAUUGUUGAAAAUAAUCAACUUCAUUAUUCAUACUAUCAGAGAGAGAUUGCUUUAUUUACACAUCACAGAUUGGAUACACCUUUGAAUGGUUAUAAUAUGGAUCGAUUAAUGAAUGUUUAUAUAAAGACAUUCUUGUGUCAACGUGUUGCACCUUCAUCAUUGGUUGGGUACAAUCCCCAAGCAGAACUGUCAGAAUCUAUAGUUGAUGUAGAUUUGAAUUACAAAGGAAACGAAUCCGAACAAAAGUUGAUUGAUAGUGCACUUAGAAUUGGAAGAAAGCUACAGUAUGACUGUGAGGGUUUCCUACCAAAUAAACGUCAACAUCUUCAAUGUGGAUUGGCAGCAAUAGAUAUUGCUCAAACCUUGAAAAAGAUAUGGAAUCAAAACAAUGGGUAUAUGAAAGCUAACAGUGACGAUACCAAGGUUGAAAUUAACUAUAAGGUGGAUGACACGCUUAUUCAACUACAGAAUAACAACAACAGUAGUAGUACAAACAACAAUAUUCUCAACGAACUCUCAGCGGUCCAGAGUUGUAAGGAUCUCUAUCGUGUGAUGAAAAAAGACUUUUUCGUAGUCACCCCCUGCUACAGUAGUUAUCGUCCCAACACAGUCAUGGAAGGAACACGUCUCACUCUUCAGUUUGUCUAUCCAGAGGGCUAUGAAUUUGCCAUAAGAACACCAUGUACUCCAGAGCGUUGGCAACUCUACGACCAAGAGAUGACUCACAUCUGGAAUGAACUAUGUUCAAGUGUAUAUAAAUUAAAAAAUAGCUACAGCAGCAACAAUAACGACAGUAGUAAAAAAACAUAA